AUGGUAAGCAAGCUCGUCGUCACCCACCUGCCGGCUUUGCGAGCCACGGCCUUGCCCUCCUCCUCCCGCUCUGUCAUGCCUGCGACCAGGAGACUCAUUACCACCUCCUCUGCUCGUCUUUCUCCAUCUCUUUCACAAUCCGCACCUACGUUUAUUCGAAACUCUGCGGCACCUCGGUCUGCCCUUGGUCUGAAUUCCUCGGUCUUCAAUGUUGGACUGUCAACUCGAACUUUUGCAACGACUUCAAUUAUGAUGGCAAAACAGGCUAUCUCCAAGGGCGAACAGAUUCCCAACACCACCUUCACCUACGUGCCUUGGUCCCCCGAGCUCGCCGACGGCACUGCCUGCGGUGCCCCCACCAAGAUCCAGACCCACGAAGCUUUCAAGGGCAAGAAGGUCGUCAUUGUUGCCGUUCCCGGUGCUUACACUCCCACGUGCCACGUCAACCACAUCCCUCCUUACAUCAAGCAUGCUCAGGACUUCAAGUCCAAGGGUGUUGACCAGGUCAUUGUUCUCGCUCAAAACGACCCCUUCGUCAUGUCCGCUUGGGGUGUCCAGAACAAGGCCGAAGACAAAGUCAUCUUCGCUACCGACCUCAACCUCGAAUUCUCCAAGGGUAUCGGCAGCAUCGCUGAUCUCUCCGCCAUGGGCUUUGGUAAGAGGACCGGUCGUUAUGCCCUCAUUGUUGAUGACUUGAAGGUCGUCGACUUCAGUCCUGAGCCUAACCCGGGCGCUGUUGAGGUUUCGGGUGCUGAGCACGUUCUUUCCAAGCUCUAA